CAGCGGACCACAAGGCAGUGAAAGGUGAGGCUCCGCACGGUGACAUUCCUCGCCAUACUCUAGUAGAUUCCUUCCCGACCACUGACUCAUCAUGGCUUCUGAGUCUAAGGAAGAUGAAUACUCGAAGUCGAUAAGGUCCUCGUCUCGAUCUCAAGUGGACCCUGAUGACAUCACUUAUGAUACUUUGGUGACAGAUUUUAUGUUCGAAGUGGCAGAGAAGAAGCCAAGCCUUGUCCAGGAGUUCGCCAAAAUAUUUACGCCCAAAGCGACACUCGAGGAAAUGUUCAAAUUCCUGUGGAGCCUGGAUGAGGCGAAAGAGACCCUUAAGCCCAACCUGACCUUUUCCGUCAAGACCAUUAAGGCCGCACACGCCUACUGGACUCACGGUAAUGCCUGUAUGAAAAAUGGAGAUAGGGACCAUGCGCUCAAAUUCUACAAUAAGAGCUUGAGAGAAGCGCCACAUCCGGUCAUCGUAAUGGACGGCAAGCAGUGGGGGCAAGAGGAGUGUGACAUUGUGUACUCAAAGUCCACGAUCUCCUCUGCCACAGAGGAAAAAGAUCCCUAUGAAGAAGAAGGAUGGGGAGCAUACUCAGCGCUCGCCCAUGCGUACGAGGCACGAGCGCGCGUUUUAUUCUCUCUGGAACAAUACCAGAAGUGUAGGGAAGACAUUGAUCGCGUGCUGGCCUGGGGAUGUUCUGCACCAGUAGAGGAAAAAAUGAUUAAAUUGAGAGAAGAGUGCGAGAGGCUGGGACCACUCGAUAUCGUGCAAGCGGAGCCAUGCAGCAAGAAUCAGUCGGUGUCUUUUUUGUACCAGUCACCCGAGCCACCAACCCUGACCGACCCCAACCCCUCCUACCCAUCAUUCAGCAGCGCCGUGAACUUCGUCACUGACGACGAACAUGGGAGGCACAUGGUAGCCAGCAGGGAUAUUGCGGCUGGAGAGGUUGUGUCCGUGGACAAGGCGUACAGUGCAGUGUUGUAUCCUAAGUAUUUCGGCGAAUACUGCACGAUCUGCCUGAAGAGAACAUCUGCGCCUGUGCCAUGCCCUAAUUGCACGACAGUGAUAUUUUGCAGUGAAAAAUGUCGUCUUAAUGGUCUAGCAGGCUGUCAUAAGGUGGAGUGUUCCAUCCUCCACACACUGGCUAGACUCAACAUGAGCAACAAUGCAGUGCUGGCAAUACGAUUGUUCUCUGACAUGGGUUACAUCAAUUUGAAAUCGAUGGUACCUCCGCUGCAGGAAAAGGCAAACUCCACAGAAAGGCAGGAACUGGACGAUGCCGGCGUGUACAACUCUGGCAACUACCGCACAGUGUACAGCCUCGUCACCAACAAGGACAAGAGAGGUGUUAAUGACUUGUUGAAGAGGACCAUGGAGAGCUUUGUGCUUUUGAAACUGCUGCUCCUCACUGACGAGUAUUUCGUGGACAACUUCGGCAAUAAACUGUAUGUCGAUGAUGAUGAAGUGCUCUUCACUGGCACCAUGCUGAUGCACCACAUGAUGGUGUUAUGGUGCAACGCAGACACCAUUGGUGAAAUCCAGCACGAGCGAAAGGAUUCCACAGCAAGUCCCGUGGUGGCUUACGGCACAGGUCUCUUCCCUUCGAGCAGUCUGCUGAAUCACGCCUGUUAUUCUACGUGCGCCAGUGUUUCGUACGGCUACGUGCAGGUAAUGAGGGCGUGUCGCCGCAUUUCUGCCGGCACGGAGAUGACACGGCAGUACGCAGAUCUGUUCCAAAAGAAAUUGCAUGAAAGGAUGGCUAUUUUGAAGGCACGCUACCACUUCGUUUGUCAUUGCCAGGCGUGUUUGGGCAACUGGCCUUUUACACUUCCCUUCAAUUAUGAGUACGAGCUGAAGUGUGUGGUUUGUGGGAAAGCUGUCUUGAAGGAGAGUAAGAAAUGCCAGAAUUGUAAUAUUGUGUACAACCACCAAGGACCGUUACUGGACCGUCCCGAGGUGACCAUUUACGACUACCCGGUGAUGAGGGCCAAAAUGGAUGACGCUCUGGAGAAAUACAUGAUGGCAGUUCCUCGCUUCAUGGAGGGCUCUGAUACGCCCGAGGAUUACACGGCCAUUAAAGAACUACUUGAUCUAUACGACACUUUCGUAGUGUUGCCAACUCACGGCCACAUAGUGGUGCAGAGCCUCCUGCACGCUGCCAGUCUGAGGAAAGGCACCUCGGCCUACGUGAAGGGUAAUUGUUGGAAUGAGCGUCUUCUUUCUUGGAAGACCGCUGGGCUUGCCCUCCAGUAAUUCUAUAGAGCAUGGGAAAGAGAUUCCCAGAUUGUAUAUCUUGGCGUGGAUCAAGCCUUCAGUUCUAAUGUUAUGUGUUUUGGGUAUCAUUCUGAAAGUAGUUGUUGCGUUGUGAUCUUAAAUAAUUUGUUACGGGGGUUUGUUACUGCUGGUGUUAUUCUGUGUAAAAUACCACUAAUUCUGCAUUGUGCUACUCGCUGAACUGCCAGCUGAGCAUCUUAUUGUUCCAUUAUGAUCUAAUGUAAUGCAGCAUGCAACGUUUCGGAAAGUCCUAACCCUAGCACUUUAAUCAGUAAGUGGAAGAAAGUAUUCCGUGAUUAAAUGAUUUAUUGUUUGCCAGGAAA